UACUAACUCAUAUGUAACCCCAAGUUCCAACUCCAAUUUUCUGCACUGCACAAACGUAUAAUAUAUAUAUAUAUAUACACCUUCUCUGAUCUUUAAAACAAUGCUUUCUGAAUCAAUGAAUCCAACCAACUCCUCAUCAGGUGGAGGAGACAAUCAUAAAUCAUUUGACCGUGAUGUGAGACAGAUGGUCUCAGCCAUAACUCAACGCCUCGGUGAUCUCAAGAAAUCAGGUUCAAGUACCCAGCAAGUGGAGGGUGAUGAUGAAAAUGGUUUAAGAGUCAUCACGCUUGCUGGAACCAACUAUGGAGCCAAUCUACGAAGUGAGUUGGACGAGAAACCUCAAGAGGAUUCACUGGUUGAGUAUGACACACUAACCACCUACGUCAACAGCAAUUUCCAAGCCAUCAACAACUCAAUCAUGAUGGGUGGCAGCUACACCACCAACGAUCCAGGUGUUCACCUGGACAUCAAAGACAUCCAAGAGAACCAUGGCCAUAAGCCAGGCCACAAAAAUGGAAAGAAGGGAAAGAAAAAAGAGAAGGACUCCCAGAAAAGCGACCACACCGAGCAUUCUGAUGGAGAUCAUGAUUCAUGAAUCACAAAUUUGCAGGGACAAAGAGGUCGUAAAGGCUAAACAAGUAUUAUCAAUAUUGCCAUAAUUACGUACUAAUAAUUAAUAAGUCUUCGUGAGCAUGCUGCUUAAUUUAUUAUAUAAGAGUAUUUAAGUUUGAGAAGAGAUGAAAGGGUUAAAUUUUAUUUAGGUAUUGAGUUUUGAUGCAUCAUAUUUCAGUUUGAUUCCAAAGUUAUGUAUCACAAUAUGGUAUUUAUUUGUUGAUACUGUGUGUGUUGUUUGGAUUGUUAAACAUAUCUCCUACCUACGAAAAGAAAAAGGAAAAAAUAUUGUUAGUUA